AAGCAGACUGAUUCUACAAACAUUUGUGAAAGAAUGGGUCGUUCUCAAGAGCUCAGUGAAUUCAAGCGUGGUACUGUGAUAGGUUGCCACCUGUGCAAUAAGUCCAUCCGUGAAAUUUCCUUGCUACUAAAUAUUCCACGGUCAACUGUUAGUGGUAUUAUAAGAAAGUGGAAGCAACUGGGAACAACAGCAACUCAGCCACAAAGUGAGAAGGGCCAGGGCAUGCUGAAGCGCACAGUGCGCAGAAGUCACCAACUGUCUGCAGAGUCAAUAGCUAAAGACCUUAAAACUUCAUGUGGCCUUCAGAUUAGCACAACAGCAAUGCAUAGAGAGCUUCAUGGAAUGGGUUUCCAUGGCCAA